UUAAAGAUAUAAAUUUUAUUGUCACUUUAUUAGGCACUAGAAUUAAAACAUAUUAAAAGUGAAAUUCUAAUCUAAUUAAAAAUACAAACGAGUUUGAUAUUUAAUUAUAAAAUCAAAGCCCGAACUAUAUAUUUUUUUUAUCAGAUGAAUAUUCAUUAAUUAAAAAUUACAACAUGUAACGAAACUGAUAUAUUAGACUAAAAUUUAAGAGCAUAUGAUAAUUGCCCACUUAAUUUUCCUAUUUCUCUUGUCUCCUUUGUUCCUGAAAAAAAAGAAAAAGCAUUACACACCAUGGGAGAAGAAGAUGGUGCCACAGGACUUGCUCUUGCGCUGAGCAUAGGUGAUCACUGCAUACCAAAAGUGCAACAAAAUCACAAGAACAAAUCUGCUGUUACCUUAGACCUCUCUUUUACCCUUUGUCCUAAACAAGAAGAAGAAGAAGAAGAGACUUUCAAGUUAGUUCAUGAAGCAGAACAUGCAAGCAAUAAAAGAAUUGAUUUCUUUAGCUGUAAUGGUACUAAGAAUAUUUGCAGAAAGAAACUGAGGCUCACUAAAGACCAGUCUGCCUUGCUUGAGGACAGUUUCAAGCUACACAACACUCUUAAUCCUGUCCAGAAACAUGCACUUGCUCACCAAUUGAGUUUGACCCCAAGACAAGUUGAAGUAUGGUUUCAGAACAGGAGGGCAAGGACGAAGCUGAAGCAAACUGAGGAAGACUGCGAGUUGUUGAAGAAAUGGUGUGAGAGUUUGAGUGAUGAAAACAAAAGACUGAAGAAAGAAUUGCAGGAAUUGAAAACCCUAAAACCAUUCUGCCUUCAUCUUCCACUUUGCAGCACCUCUAAGAAAGCUGCGCCAUCUGAACGUGUUCCUCCACUGCACCAAUAAUUUCCGAAGCCAUUUUUCCACACACUAAUCAUAUUAUUAAUUAAUUAUUAUUCAUGGCUUAUAUCAGUCAGUCGGUCACGCUUUGAACCCAAAAUAUAUAACUGUUAAUCACUCCUUGGUUUCAACUCUAUUUGGAUUUUACCCCAUCAAAUAAUUUCAGCUAUCUCAAAUAAUUACUAAUUGAGGGCAGUUCUUGUUAUUUUUUAUUAUAAAUAAUAAGAAUAGAAUUUAAUUUAAUUAUUAAUUUUAUUGUUCAGGUUUAAUUUAAUUUUUUUUUUAAUUUAUAAAUAUUUUAGCUCAAAUUUGUAUGUAUUUAAUUUAAAUUAGUCCUAUUUUUUUUUGUAAAAAGGAGAGAGUGAGUUACACAACUCCUAUAAAAAGAGUUGAUAGAAUGAAAAGUAAAAAAAUAUUAAUUUUUUAUACUAAAUUAUUUAAAUUAAAAUAUA